AUGUCUGCUCGUUGUAUACAAACAACAGUACGUAAUGUACAAACAUUAUUAAUGAUAAAUAGUCGUCGACAUUUUCAAACAUCAGUUUUACGUUUAUCUGCUGAUGUAUUUCAUGUUAAAGAUGAUGGAGAUUUUCAAAAAGAAGUUCUUGAUAGUAAAAAACCAUUCAUUGUGGAUUUUCAUGCAGCUUGGUGUGGACCAUGUAAAAUCUUAGUUGUGGCUAUUAAAAAUGGCAGAGAGAUAAGUCGAUUUACAGGUGUUGUCGAUGAAAAAAUAAUUCAAAAAAUGAUUGAUCAACUUAAUCGAUGA